AUGCAAUUCACGCUCAGCGAAUUAUUGCAAUAUCGGCUAGAUUAUCACUUCACAAAUAGUGAAUUCGCAAAGCCAGUAUUGCUACUAAUGGUUACGUUUGUCCUGAUUGUACUCGGUGGAUUCAUUUUACUCAUAUCGACUGGAGAGGACAUAUCUGUUACUCUUUGGAAGUCGUGGACAUAUGUUGCUGACCCAGGUACCCACGCAGACACUGAAGGAACUCUUGAGAGAAUUAUUGCCUUCUGUGUCACGAUUGGCGGGAUGUUGGUUUUCGCGUUGAUGAUCGGAAUCAUCUCAGAAUCUAUUGGAGAGCAAGUCGAUAAUCUGAAGAAAGGCAAGAGUAGAGUGAUAGAAUGUGGACAUACCUUGAUGCUGGGAUGGAACGAUAAAAGCCUUCCAAUUAUCCAGCAGAUUGCAUUUGCGAAUGAGAGUGAAGGAGGUGGAGUUAUUGUAGUUCUCGCAGAGCACGACAAAAAUGAUUUGGAAGAUACAUUGGAAUCUGCUAUCGAAAGUCGUGAAAAUGCGUUGAAUCUGAUGGGUACAGAAGUGAUUUUCCGCAGUGGGAACCCUUUGGUACAAUACGACCUGUUGAAAGUUGGUGUGCUUUCUGCAAGGAGUAUCAUUAUGCUUGCUUCGGACAAUAUUUCUCCAGAUGAGUCUGAUUCGAGAAUGGUCAGGCAGGUUCUGUCGCUAAAAGGAAUGGAAAACCUUGCAGGCCAUGUUGUUGUGGAGAUGCAAGACGUAGAUAACCGAGAAUUGGUCAAUCUUGUCGCCGUGGACAUUGCGGAAGUCAUCGUUGCACACGACAUUAUUGGAAGGUUGAUGAUACAAUGCGCGCGUCAGCCAGGGCUUGCAUACAUCUUGGAAAGCUUGAUGGGAUUUGAAGGUGCAGAGUUUUAUUUGGAAAAUUGGCCACAGCUUGAGGGGCUUCAAUUCAGCGACAUAAUCUGCAGAUUUGAUGACGCAAUUCCGAUUGGGGUAAAAAAGAGCGUUGAUGGAAGAGUUCUCUUGAAUCCUCUGAGCACUUUGCGAAUUGAACAAGGUGAUCAGAUCAUAGUUCUCGCGGAGGAUAACGAUUCGUACACCGUGAAUGAUGGUACAUACAAAGUGAAAAAGAACGUUUCCUCUGUACCGCAGAGGCUGCCGAUGAAAACGGAAAAAAUGCUUUUCUGUGGAUGGCGCCGUGACAUGGCAGAUAUGAUCAUGCAACUGGAUGCAUAUGUCACUUCUGGCAGUGAGUUAUGGCUGUUCAAUACGGUUCCAGUCGAGGAGCGAGUAGAGCUUUUGAAAGAUAAGGGAAACAAGGAUGAGCUCAAAUGUAAGAAUCUUGUGAUCAAGAAUGCAGUCGGAAAUCCUAUUAUCAGACGUGAUCUGAUGGUUAUCAAAGAAGUCCGUGUGGAUAGGGAUGGUAACUCUUUUUAUUCGGGGGAUGAAAUCACUGUAGACCAAUUUGAUUCUCUGUUGAUUUUGGCUGAUCAUGCCGAUCAAACAAAUAUUCAGACGUCAGACAGUAGAUCAUUGGCCAGUUUGUUGAUUAUUCAAGACAUUCAGUCAAAAUUACUGGAGAAACGCAAGCAAGAGCUAAUCGCUGAAGGAAAAAUUGAUGAGGCCAACUCACUCCGGGCAAAGGAUCCGAUUAGUGAAAUUCUUGACAGUCGAACUCGAAGUUUAUUAAGUGUUGUGAAUUGCAAGGGUUACGUGAUGUCCAAUCAAAUCGUAAGUGCUGUUAUUGCACAAGUUGCUGAAUGCCGUGACUUGAACAUGAUCCUAUCGGAGCUGCUUUCAGCAGACGGAACUGAAUUAUACUUGCGCCAAGUCGAAGACUACGUCGAUAUCAAGAGGUCGGAUAAAUUCUCGUUCUGGGAUUUAUCUGUGAGAGUGAGAGAACGCAGAGAAGUUUUGCUUGGAUUCAAGUCUGUCAAUGAGACAUUUCCUGAAUGCAAGACAGUAUUGAACCCAAGUGAUAAGGGUGUGCCAAGGAAGUGGCAACCAGGGGAUCUUCUUGUAGUACUGGCUCUCGACUAG